AUGGUUGAUUUUGAUUCUCUUCAAAAUGAAAAUAUACAUAAAUGUCGAGUGUGGGGAAGUGAUGUUGAUGUUGAUGAACAACCAUCUUUGUUAUUGCUUUGCAGGCUUGUUGUAAAUGAAAAAUUUAUUAAGUUCCCUGAUUUCCAUCUACAGCCAGUGAAUCUGUCAAGAGAACAGAAGCUUUCAUUAAAUUUAUUAUUCUCUGAUGGAUUCCCUUUUUUUUAA